CUCUCUCUCUUUCAGCGACGCACACACACACACACACACGCGUACGCAUUCACGCACACAGCUUCUUGGGAGCAUCUUUCCUCGUGCUAUAGUGCCAGACCACUGAAAGAGCCCUCGGGUAUGCGCUUGGGUUGGUCACGUGGUCCAAGGCAACACAAUCUUUGCCAAAAAAGUUUAGUACAUAAUUUACACAUAGAUCGCCUCACAUACCGAAACCUAUUUUAACGAGAGUAGGCCUACUGUAUGAAGAUAAUCAAAGUAUGGAAAAUAACAUUUAUUUUAAUAGAAAUCAACAUUUAUUGGCAAAUAAGCAGAUCACAGAUGUUGGAAUAUGCCUAUACCUAAAUCUAAGAAAAUAUAGUUUAAUAGCUUUGCUACCGAAAAUACUCAUUAUCGUUGAAAAUGCAAUUAAGUUCCCUUUCAGAUGCUGUUAAAUAUUGAAAGGCAACCAUCAAGACUAAUACUCUUGCUAAAACUAACUGCAACUGAGGAAGUUGAUUAAUAUAGCAGUACUAACACAAAUAACACUAACAGAAUAGUAAUAAUAAGUAAUAAAAUACACGGUAUAUGCUACGCUUCUACAUCGACACAUUUGCCUUGUCUUAAAAUGAUCAAAUCAACGUACACCUCAUUGUUAAUGUGUGAAAACACUCAUCACCCAACAUGAAUAAUAAAAGACAACAUAUAGCCUAGCUAAUAGUCUGUUAAACAGUAGUUAAAAGAAAAUAAUCGUUUUUCGAAUUGUUUGCUUAGCUGUAAAAAAAUAUAUUAAAAAAAACAGUAAAAAGAGCCCACCACACUCCAAAUAUGAAAGAGCAGAUUCCCAAUAAAUAAAUAUAGAAAUAAACAAAUAACGUUGCAAGUCCAUGUUCUGUCAAGCAUCAAGAUUUUUGUGGCACAAACAAACCACAUGUAAAAACGCAGAGCUUCUCAAACACAUAAAAAGUCCAAACAAAUAGUCAUAAAAAAUAGGAAUACACUUCCUGAUGGAGAGAAAUACUCCCCAGUUGUCCCAGUUGUUGCACAGUCAGCUCCAAUAUAAGCAAAGAGAGCCCGUGCUUCUGACCUCCUUUCCAUAUUAUACAGCCUGCAUGUAUGGGAGAAACGCGGCCUACUCACUGCCUUGUAUUUAGCUUUAAAUGGGCCAAACACCCACGCACAUUUCUCCCGUCGUUGUUUUUAAAAGUCAAAUGGAUUUGAAUAGUGCACUGCAAUCUUGGCCCUUUUCGUCUUUUUUGAGAUAGUGCUGAAGCUUAUUUCAGCAACAGGGUUUUAUGCGCAAUGGAAAACAAUUAUUAGGCCUGCGUUUGGGUUGUUAGACUAUUGGCUUUUGCGUUAAAAUCAGUAGGCCUAGAUUCUGGGGGAUAGAAAGAGAGUUUCUUUGUUGCGAUCUUGAAGGAAAGAGAAGAAUUCUUGAGGCUGGUUGCUGUCAAGCGCUUUGCCUGGGAAAAGAUUGAUCACCGCAGUUCUUUUUUCCCCCACUAAUUCUUCGUUUCCAAAAAUAUCCUAGCAGCAAGGCUACUAUCCGUGUUAAACUUCUACAAUAUCCUUCAAAUCAAUACAUGUAACCUAGCCCUAUAGGCAAUACACUACGUCCUUGCUUAUCGAUAACAACGAAUUCGUAGUGUAAACACAGAACAAGUUUUUCGUUUUUAAGAAGCUAGGAUUCCCAGUUGUACACGCGACCUCGCUGUGAACUUUAGUCAGUCGGCUCAGUAAACAAGCCGUCCAUUUUUUACACUGUGAGAGAAAACUCCAAGCUAGCAGUCAGUGGAAGGCCUUGAUGGGCUGCAUAUUUUUAGGACCAUUUCACACACACACACACACACACUACAUAAUUUAGUAGCAUAUCUCCCUGCAAGGUGAUAAAGAGCUAGGCUAGCAGUUAUAGAAAGAUAACAUAAUGUAAUUAUACACUUACACACACUGACCUGGCUCGUCACUCUGUAGCUUCCAUUUAUGAAAACAAAAAUAUAGCAGUCUCCCAUUACAACAUGCAGGCUGCUAACCUGCACUAUGCUAGGCUCUAGGAAACCGUUUUUCAGUAUUUUGCCAAGCGAAUCUCAGCCUCUUGUUGAGACAUCUCCCAUCUAGGUUGGGUGGAGUUAUUUUUACCUUAAGUCUGCUCCUCUUGUCAAACUUUUAAGAUUAAUGGGCUUCUUUUGUAUAAACACGCCGUUUGCCAUAUUGAAUAUGUGCUCUUAACAACAACCAAAUUUUACUGGAUUACAUCACCAGGGUCCAGGCAGAAUCUCUGCAUGCAAAUCUCCAUUGUUUGACAUGAAGGCCCUCACAUAACCUCCCACUCGAAACAACGAGGUGAGACAGUUGGCAACCGAACACUUUUUUUUUCUUCUCGAAAAUAAUACCCCCCUGCUAACACAAACCAAUAUCUUAUGGUAUUUUUGAGCAUUUGUUGAAAAUAAUGCUUUCUUUAGCCACCAGGCCCCGGCUUUCCAUUGGUUGAAUCUUGUCAUGUGACCAGGAAUUGGCUGCAAUUUCGCCCAUAGUCUUCAGUUUAGUAGACCAAGGUCCCCAUACGCUAGUAAUAUCACCAAUAUACACAAUUAUUAAAGCCCGCAAAUACGGGAUAGCGGGGAGCUAAUAAUCACGCGUUUUUCUUUUUAUUUUACUCGUUUUGAUCUCGCCGUCCGUCUGUGGACCAGGAUAAGCUAUGAAUUUUGAAUUUGAGAGGGAGAUUGGGUUCAUAAACAGCCAGCCUUCCCUUGCAGAGUGCCUGACGUCUUUUCCCGCUGUCCUGGAGUCAUUUCAAACUUCAUCAAUCAAGGACUCGACAGUAAUUCCUCCUCCUUUCGAGCACACCAUCCCCAGCCUGAGUCCCUGCACAAGCAGCCAGGCGCGACCGAGGAACCAAAAGCGAACCUCCAAUGGCCUCCAGCUUCGGACGCCACAGCCGCAACAGGGCCCAGCCCCGCCGGCGAGCGCGGCUGGCCCGCUGGCACACGAGUUCCCCUGGAUGAAAGAGAAGAAAUCCUCGAAAAAGGGACCCAAAUCUGGGAAUGCCACGGUAGCCUCCUCUUCUCCCUCUCCUGCAUCCUCCGGGUACGCCACUGCAGGACUUGAAUCACCGACAGAGGCGCAGGGUGGAUUGGACAGCGGAAGCGGAUCCCGGAGGCUGAGGACUGCCUACACCAACACGCAGCUACUGGAGCUGGAGAAGGAGUUCCACUUCAACAAAUAUCUCUGUCGGCCCCGACGGGUGGAGAUAGCUGCCCUUCUGGAUCUAACCGAGAGACAGGUCAAAGUGUGGUUUCAGAACCGGAGGAUGAAGCACAAGCGGCAAACGACACACCACAGGGAAGGCCAAGAGGGCGACCCCGGCGGGUUCGAGCCCCUGGAAGGUGCCGAUGCUUCCUCGCCUUACUCGAGCCAGCCACUGGAAGCCUCGGGCUCGGCUGCUUCCGAGGAAGAGACGUGUAACUCGGCAGUCUCCUACACGAACAGCAGUGACAAUAACCAGCCCACGCCUGAGGAGGGCCAGCUGAGCUGCCAGGAGCCCGCAUCAGUCUCUGACACAACAGUGCGGUCGACUCCGUUCCCAACGCCCACUGCAGAUAACCCCGCAACAAUGGGCAACGGUGGCGCAUCUGGCCCGGAUCAUUCUUUUUCAGAGCAGCAGGACGCCUCCUCCCUGCCCGAUUUGAAUUUCUUUUCUGCUGAUUCCUGCCUCCAGAUUUCUGACGCUUUAUCGCCCAGCUUGCAGAGCUCACUCGACAGCCCGGUAGAUUUCUCCGAGGCAGACUUUGACUUAUUUACGAGCACACUUUGUACAAUAGAUUUACAACAUUUACAGUUCUAACAACAAGAAUAGUGCAGAGCAAUCGAAUUAAGGAGAAUGUCCCACCGUCUUACAAUGGUAUGAAUGCUUCUCGGCAACAGUCCUGAAACACACUUAUGAAAAAGAUUCCUGGGUUUAUUUUGAAGAUAACAUAGAACCUGAGAUAGCAAAGGAGCUAUUAUGUUCUUUCCUGGCAUUAUAAUUUUGGUUUACUCCAUCGAAAUCACAUACGGAUUUCCCCUUGUUCAAAUUUCAGGUAUUUAUUGCCUUCUUGUUUUCUGACAGUAUUAAUUGGCAGUUACAGUAAUAGACUAUACUGUCUCCUUAAUGUUUCAAAACUGUUCAGUGCAGCUCAAUCUUUUAAUUCUCAGGAAAUGUAGGCCUAUCAGAUAUAUAAGCCUAAAGGAUAGUUGAACUGCUUUUAGAAAUGAUCUCGAGACGGGCGUUGAACCUGUUGAUGAGGUUUAGAACUAGUUUAUUUAUUGAGAUUCUUUAAUAGUAAAUUUCAAAUUAUUUAUUGUACAUUAUUUUCAUAGUUGAAAUAAAAACAAACUUUUAUAAUGUGGCCUAAGUGUUUUUGAUGAUGUAGUUACUAGUAAAUGGAAAGUGCAAUUAUUUCUUUCAGAUAAGAAACAUAUAGAAAUAUUGCAAAUAGAGACUGUUUGAGAUGUAUUGGUCUACCAAAUAUCUGUUACUGGUAUUGGCAAAUGCAUAAUUUGCUAUUGCAUAGUUGAUAUAAUAAUUCUAAUAAUAUUAAUAAUAAUAAUAAUAAGUAAUAUUAUUAUUGUCGUUAAUAUUAUUUCCACACAAUUAUGUUGUGAUGGUUUCAUCUAUUAUAUGGCAACACAUGGAAUCUCCAAAGGUUGUAUAGCCCGUUGGUUUCAGAUUUUGGGGUAUUAAAGAAACACAAACGAAUAAUUUGCUAUUUUAAAUAUUAUUGAAAUAUUUUAAUUAUUAUCUUCCAAUAAGAUAUUUCUGGGGGAAAUGCAUUCUUAUUGUGAAUUAAUUCUGUGCAAAAAUAAACACGACACAUAUGAUACAACUGUUUGGGUAAAGACGUUAGCCAAGAGAAAUCCUCAUAAUCAAGAGCUGAUACAGAACACAAUGUGUUGGCCAAGUUAUUGUUUUUGUCUAGCCUAGCCUGGUGGGAAUUUGGUGCAUGGUAGGCUAGUCGACCUAGCUUAGCUUACUUUAGAUAGCAUUGUAGCAUGAGGGAAUGACUGAGCUAACGGCGCUCAUGGCUGCUGUCAUGCUGAUGCAAAAUGGCGCUGAGAACACAAUGGGCGAUAUGAACAAUAAUGCGGCAGCCAUUAUAGGACAUUUGGGGUAUGUGGCUUCACAGCCCAGCAUCCUGCAACACUUUCAAUUAUAAUUGGGUAAUACAUAGGCCUAUAGCCAAAUAGAUUAAAAAACAAACAGUUAUGUAAUUGAACCGUACCUUAUGUUAAUUAAUGAGAUAGGCCUGGAAUAUUUAGCACUACUGACUAUUUAUACCUUUGUUUGGUUUAUACCUAAAUUAUUGACAUGGUCAGAACUAAAAUAAUAACAUAAUAAUAAGAAUAAUAUGAAUAAUGAAUAAUAAUAAUAAUUAUGUGCAGUAUUGCAUUGUUUAUGUAGGACUAAUACGCCUAAUAAUCAGGCAUUAUAGUAGGCCUAAAAUUCACAAUGAAUAAUGUGUAUUCCUAAGACAUAAAUGAAGCUCUUCUCUGACUCAGCCUGUCUACUGUACCUAUUUAAAAUGCAUCUCCUGGAUCUGUGUUCCAAUAAGCACUCUCCUCCAUGUCAACUUUACCACUGCCUGUCUUACCCGCCUCUCCAUAAUCACAGUCUACACACAUACAUGUUAUCUUAUAAAGCAGUAUUACUAUGCCAUCACUACAUAACUCACUAGCUAGUCCAAUAUUCCCUUUUAUGAUGGUACUUAGAGGGAGUUAUUUUAUUAAAGACAUUGAUAUUAAGUUCCUAUAUCAAACAUGAAUACUAUCAUUAUUUCAUACUGCAAUUACUUAGCCUACUGUGUCUCUGCCAAAGUAAUGGCCCUUACAUUGUACUCCUGGUGGGGAAACCAAAUGUAUAGUGUGCACCAGCUAGACCCAGAAUGGCUUCCUAGUGUGCAUGGAAUCAAGUUUAAGGAGAGGAAACUGAGAACUAGAACUGGGUCACAGACCUUUGGAGUCAUCAGACUCAGGGGGCCUUCAGGAAAAACAGUGGAGUGGUCCAGACAGGGUUCAGCUAAGACUAGUGUGUGUGGCAGGAAUUGUCACCCCCCCCCCCCCCCCCCCCCCCUUUCCAUGAAAGACAAAGACACCUGAUCGAUCCCAACUUCAGAGGUCCCCAUCUGCCUCGUCAAUGGCAGAGCACACUCACAACCCUGGGACCCUAGCAGUGACAGGUAUGAAUCAAUUGAACGUUCAAAUAACCACCGGAAUGAAUGGGGUCAGUUCAGUUCACUGGUGUACCUUGGUGUGUGUGUUUGUGUAGGUGUGUACGUGGCGGAGAUAGAGGAGAGUGGGAUUGAGGUAGUGUGUGUUCAUAUUUGACACGGGUGUGUAUCACUUGAUCCUUUCAGGAUAUAUCAGCUGAUCAACAUACAUCGUGAAGGCUAUGGAAACAUGGGUUGUGACAAAGUGAGAUGUUAACAAAAUUAGCAUUAGUAAACUUAACAUUAGCAUUAGUGGAAGGUGAAGAAUUACGAUUAAUGUCAAGUUUAAGGUUGAAAAGGGCAACUGGGGUGUCUUAUCGACCAAAAGAAAGCCCAUCUAAACUGUCGAAACGUGUAUCCUCAGUGCUGCAUCUCAGCAGACAGUCACUUCUUGGCUCAACUUCAGCUAGCUUAAGCUAACACUUCCCACCCUCCUGAAGUGAGUCGCUAUGAGAAUGGACAUGUUCAUUCAGCUUCUCAUGUGAAACAUCUAGUCCACUCUACCUGCGACCAGACCAAAACCUGGGCAUAAGCACAAGGAAGACCCCGGCCAUUGUUUAGACAACAGAAGUCACGCCCCGAAGCCCUUACUAGAUCAGUAAACACAGGAGCAGGAGGUAAUGGCCGACUGAUAUGGUUUAGGUGCUUGAUAAUUGGAGGUGUGGUGCCUGUGUCUAUGCUUCUCCAUCUAUAUUUGUUUUCUUUGGACUCCUGCCACUACUAAGAGAGAGAGUUCAUCAGCCGGGUCCCCUCACAAUCGGCGAAAAUCAAGACGUUUGUUUAUUUCCCUCUUAGAGAGCGGCCAUUGCUGUGAAGUUCUUGCGAGGUGUUUCUCUUGGACGGCACAGGCUAGUAAGGUGGAGCAAGGCAGAGAUUUGUUGCAUAAAGAGGAAUGUCACUGCCCCAGAUUGUUCAAUAUGAUGUUUACAUAGUUAUGUUUACACAUUAAUGUGGGAUGGGUAAGUGUUCGCAAUAGCCAAUCACAUUUGAAUGAGCCUACUGAGUGUUGGCUAUAACUCGUCUGAUUGGCUAUGAGGGCUCACAUGAGGAGGAAGUAGGAGGUAGGCCAGGAAAAGCAGCAGCUGCAUGCACAAACUGUCUUCACAUUGGAAACCUGACUAGGUUGACCUGUAUGUACGGUGCCUUCAGAAAGUAUUCGUACCCCUUGACUUAUUCCACAUUUUGUUGUGUUACAGCCUGAAACAUGUUACAGUCUAAAUUGAAACAUGUUUUUCAAUUUAAAAAAAAUUUGAAUAAAAAAAAAAAAAGACAUUUUUCAUUUACAUAUGUUUUCACACCCCUGAGUUAAUACAUGUUAGAAUAUCCUUUGGCAGAGAUUACAGCUGUGAGUUAUUCUGGGUAAAUCUAAGAGAUUGGCACACCUGGAUUGUAUGAUAUUUUCACAUUAUUCUUUUUAAAUUCUUCAAGCUCUGUCAAGUGGAUUGUUAAUCA